AUGGCUCCUCCUCUUCUUCUGCUCCAGUUGUUUGACAGAGAAAGCUGCACGUACACGUACCUUCUGGCCGACAGCGAGAGCAAAGAGGCGGUGCUGAUCGACCCGGUUCUGGAGACUCUGGACAGAGACAUGAAGCUGGUCACAGAACUGGGACUCACCCUCAAAGUGGCAGUGAACACCCAUUGCCACGCCGACCACAUCACCAGCUCUGGGCUCAUGAAGCAGCAGGUUCUGGGUUUGAACAGUGCCAUCUGUGGUUUGAGCGGAGCACAGGCCGACAUCCAGCUGCGAGAGGGAGACAGCAUCCCCUUUGGACCACACCGUCUGGUGGUGAGGGAGACCCCGGGGCACACAGACGGCUGCAUGACGCUGGUGACUGCAGACCAGACCAUGGCCUUCACUGGAGACGCUCUGCUCAUCAGGGGCUGCGGCAGGACCGACUUCCAGCAAGGUUGUUCCAAAAGACUUUACGAAUCCGUCCACUCCAAGAUCUUCACCCUCCCCGACAGUUGCCUGGUGUACCCCGCUCACGACUACCAAGGUCAGAGCGUCUCCACCGUCGGCGAAGAGCGGCGCUUCAACCCUCGUCUGACCAAGUCCUUAGACGAGUUUGUGCACAUCAUGAACAACCUCAACCUGCCCAAGCCCGGCAAGAUCGACAUAGCCGUUCCCUGUAACAUGGUUUGUGGACUGCACCAGGUGGAGCCAACACCAUGA